GCCGUUUCGGGGUGCGAAUUACAGUAUGAUAGAGGUCCUGGUAGAGAAAAUGCACACCAUUUGUGGAAGUGCACACGUUCAUCUCUCGCUGCCCAGGUAGCCAAAGGUUGGGCCUUCCAGACCUGGCAGGUUCUGACGUCCCACGCAAGCGUCCGAUGACGUAUUCUGGAGGUUCAGCCACCCACACUGGCUCAGGCUGUCAGCAGACUUCGAAACAGCUGUAGCCAGCAAAGCAUCCAAGCUCCGGCGAGGAGUCUGAGCAACCAUCGCAGUAGGCCUGGCUCUACAAAAUGGCACCUCUGAAAAAAGAGUCUACUAAAUCCGGAUACGAAAACGUCUACAAAAUGCGGGCAUCGACGUCAUUCUGUAGAAAGUGGCGCGCGUCUGUUCUAGGAUCUACACUGCUUUUCCCAAAUCAAGUGGGCUUUGUAGAGAAACAUCCUACAAAAAGACAUCUGCUGUCGACAAAGGACUCUACCAAAUGUUGUCUACAAGAGACCCGACAAAAUGAAUUCGAAAUGCAAUUGCAAAAUGAACCUCGACAAUAGGGUGCCAUGGCCUAUACUGACCUGAAACGGACUGAAAAUCCAAGCUCGAGCUCAUAGAGCUCGAGCUUUCACACAUGUGCUCGCCGCUUGUAAAGGAGUUUUUGGCUUAGUCUCCCUGUGAAGAUCGCCGAGCAAUCUCACCAUGGGAAGCGGUGCCAGUACCAAGAGUAGUGGAACAGGGAGCCCUUCAAAGCCAAGAAGGACCCCGCAUUCGGGCUCCAGGCUACAUCAGAUGCGGCAACGAGUUCGGGCCACGCAGAGGCUGGAUCCGGUGAUACCUAGUGAGCAGGAGCGAUGGACCACCUCGAAGACGAAAACUCUCUCGCUCAUCGAGGAAGGCCAAGAGGAAGAAGACUGUCUCAAGGAUUUAGGAGAUCCAUCGAACAGAGAGGCUUCAACGGACAGCUUGCAGUGGACUCACCCGUUUGCUCCAAUGGAUCUUCAAGCGACGCAUUGUUAAUUAGGUGCACCGUGCUGACGGGUGCUGACGACAAUGUGCUGACCCUUGGCGUUUAGCCAGGUCACGCCAUGCACAAGAAUCAAGACUGUGGCGCAUGUUGGGGCAGCCAUGUCUUGGUUCGUUCAAUGGAGAAGCCCCGGAGAAGGCCAACGUCCUUCGUCCGUGAGCUGCUGCGAGCUGUGUGGCCGCAACUUCUUUCGCUCGAGCGAUGCCUGGAAAAAGA